AUGGCUCGAGAAAGCUGUAAUCUUGACAAAGAUGAGGCGGAGAUCUUUAAGGCCUCCUCCUCCUCUUCCCCUUCUGCUUCGCCACCCUCUCCCCCAUCAUCAUCAUCAUCAUCACCACCACCACCCCCAUCUUCCACCGGUCUCCUGAAAUCGUGCGAGGAAUCCACCACUGAGAGGCGCGAGAGGCCGGAGAUCCCGGCUCCUGCGAUGACAUUCACGGCUUCUUCCUCCUCGAAGCUUGACGAGGAGUCGGAGUCGUCGAAGCCAGACGAGGAGUCACAUACUCCUGUAAGAUUCAGUAAAAGGUGUUCCACUUGCCGCAAAAAGGUCGGUCUCACCGGGUUCCGGUGCCGGUGCGGCGACCUCUUCUGCGGUCGCCACCGCUACUCCGAUGCCCAUGAAUGCUCCUUCGAUUACAAGGCCGCGGGGAGGGAGGAAAUCGCCAAGGCCAACCCUUUAAUCAGAGCUGCCAAGAUCAUCAAGAUCUGA